GCGCGCGCAUGUAUGUGUAUGUGUGUGUGUGUGUGUGCGCGCGAGGAGGAUGGGAAGGUAAACUGUCCGGUUAGAGAGAGAGAGGCGCGAGGCACCGGAGAGAAGUGGACAAACCUCACUGGAUAUUUCACCUCACCGGAGAAUAUACAUUUAUUAGUUUAGAGUCUUAAAAAAGAGAAAAACAACGAACACUGCGCAGGAAUACCGUCUAUAGACCUACAAGCACAUUCCCAGAUGGAUGCUGCCGGUGAAAGAUGACUUGACAGUUAAAAAAAAAAAAAAAGAGACACCGUGGCGAUGUUUAAACCUCUGCAGAUGACGGAAAUCAGCGAAAAGGAGAAUGAACCACAAAACCGAGACCUUCACCGACCACAGGCGACCGUGCCAAGCCAACCUGAAUCAAAGUUGCAGCGGUUGAAGCGAUCCCUGUCUUUCAAAUCAGUCAUGCGCAGCAAGAGCAUGGACAACUUUUUCCAGCGCAGCAACGGCGAGUCCCGCCAACCCUCAGCGCUCAUCACUACACCUCCACCCCCCCCACUGUCGCCUCCCCCCUUGUCCGAGUCCCCCCUGGCCUACGAGCGCUCUCCCUCCCAUUCCCCGUCUAUCAGUCCCAACCCCUCGUUGUCGUCGCACUCACCUUCUGUCAGUCCCUCGCUGUCCGUGACCUCCAAAACCCAGCCAAAGUCUCAGGCCCAGCCGGUGCAGCCGGUCAAGACCCACUGUUUCCAGGAGCACGUCUUCCGUAGGCCUACAAGCUGUCAGCGAUGCAAACACAUGAUUCAAGGGAACUCAAAGCAGGGGCUGCGUUGUAAAGCCUGUAAGCUGGCGGCCCACCUCUGGUGCUCGUCGGAGCUCUCCCAGCAGCCUUGUAAUGGCAAGGCUCGCCAUCUCUCCACGCCGGCCUGUCAGACAGGAGCUUUCAAGAGGAACUUCAGCUCUCCUCUGCUGACCACUGAUGCGCUGGGUGUGGUCAGAGAGGCUCCUGCUGCCCAGGAAGCAGAUAAUGGCAUUGUUGACCCUGUGUAUGAGGCACUGCGUUAUGGGACGUCACUGGCUCAGAUGAGUCGCUCCAGCUUCAGCAGCAUCUCUGAAUCACCGUGUCACGAGGUGGAAAAACUGCAAGACAAGCUAGAAAACCAGCCAAUAGCUGAAGAGGAACACAUCCCAGGAAUGCUCACGCCUCCUGAAAGCGAGAAGGCUGAUUCAGAAGACAGGGUCAGUCUGAAGACUCCGAAGAGAGUAGAGGUUCACUCCAUCCACACCUACGUGGCUCUCUACAAGUUUCUGCCUCAGGAGAAGAACGACUUGGAACUGCAGCCCGGCGACAGAGUUCAAGUCACAGAUGACUCCAACGAGGACUGGUGGAAGGGGAAAAGCAGAGACAAGGUGGGACUGUUCCCGGCCAACUUUGUGCAGCGGGUCCGCCCUGGUGAGCGGGUGUGGAAGGUCACCGCUGGUUUCCACGGCAACCGAGACAAAGGCCAGAUGACUGUGAAAGAGGCCCAGAUCUGUGUGGGGAAAAACGAGGAGAUUGACGGUUUCUUCCGACUGAGCAGCGGCAAGAAGCGAGGCUUGGUCCCCAUGAUGUAUCUGCUAGAAAUAUGAUGGCAGCACACUUCUCCUUGACCCUCAGUUUGAUAAAAAAAAGAAGUUCACUACGAUGGAGGAAUACUCAGGAGUGUUUACCGAACACCUCACUGACCAUCAACCACUCAUCGCCCACCCCCUCCAAAAAAAGUGGCAGCGAUUUUAGCAGCUUGUGUGGACGACGACCCACCAUUUUGCUUUUUUUUUUUUUUUUACUGCAGGAGACUUUAAAGAGGAGGGGAUGGGGGAGAGGCUUCUUUUAGAGCUACUUUACUUGUAGCACAACUUUGAACUUUGUGUGGUUUUAUACACACUCCCAACAGAAAUGUAGCAUCGUGUUGAAGAGGACAGUGUGCAGGAAGUCUGGCUACCUCACUAGCCAUUCCCAUUGGCCCACCCACCUGCGAAAAAUGAAAAGACCUUACUAUGAUGUCAAGGCGUGUCCAAGCCUAAGGGACUUUGGAGGGCAAACCGUCUUCAUUUAAUCGUUUGUGCUAGAGAAAACGAGACAUUGUGAAUGAUUGUAGCUCUUUAUCGUAGUGGCUCAAACAGAUCCGGUUUAGUAGAUUCAUGUAACUGUGACGAGCCUGUUUUUGUUUGUGCAGACUGCGUCUCACAGUGUCUGCUGUUGUAAUAUGAAUUCAUGAUGUGCAUAUGUAUCACAAAAUGAUUCAGGUAUUACAUUGUGUGUAUGUUUAAAAGAAGAAAAAAAAAAACAUUUAAAAACAAAAGCCCCCUCUGCGACAUCUUGGUCAAAUGAAAGUCAUAACACACACACAUACACACACACUUGUGUAUUUCAGACUGCUCUCCAGUGAUUAGAUUACGAUACAUUCAUGCUCUUCACAGCUCUGAGGUGACAAAUGCUUUCUGUGCGCCUCUGGGAGCUUUUUUUUUUUCCUCCCUCAGUGUGCCCUUCAAUCACACUCUCUUUACACACACACUAACACACAUAGAUUUCUUCAUAGUUCUCUCUGUUCCAUGUAAGUCUAGAGUCAGUGUCCUGUCAUUAUUAUUCUCGGCGUCGUUUAUCUGUAUGUAACGUCCUGUAAUAUUCACUGUCAUAUCCGGUCGUGUGCCACAACGCGAGGACGGUGUCUUGACUUUCUGAUUAUACUUGCUUUUUAUUCUUGCAUGGAGGGGGCCAGAGCAAAGAAAUACUGUAAUUCAGGAUAAUGGAUGAAAAAAAAAAAGUGACGAUGGCUGUCAAAGUCUCUCAGAGGUUCAUGUUCCAAACUUCAGCUGUCAAAAUUGUGAUGCAUUUUUUUGAUGAAUGAGAAAUGUUUCUCCCAGCACACAUGAUUACUUUAGAGACUGGUAUUGUUGCUGGUAUUUAAAGGGACACAAGGCAAACUCACCACCACACACCAUUUGAUUUAUUGCUCUGUCAUUAUAAACCAUAAGGCAGUGACAAACUGCCUUUGUUGCAGCAAUAAGUGUAAAUAAAAAUAUGACAGUAUUUGUUAAUAGCCUUAUAAAGAUACUGUAUAUAUUGGCUCUGAAUAGCACUCUGACUAAGAGGUUUGCAGCUAUCCAGGAGCCAACUGAGGGCAUUAACUUUACAGGUACAAAUUAAAGGAGAUUAUUGUUUAUUGUCCCACUUACCGUAACGUAUGCAUCCCUUUGCUCUAUUAACAUCUAGCCCUCUCAGCACAAAUCUUUUUCAAAUACUAUGCACAACAGUUCUAGUCACUCACAUUAUUUUGUACUCCGCUUGUUUCCUGCGUAGCCACACAUGUCAGCGCAUACCCCGUGCUUCUGCAAAGAUUUGAAUUUGGAAUUUGUCCAUCUUGGAUCAGUCUGCACCACGCUAAUCCUAAACAUUGUUUUCACUGACUAGAACCAUGAUUGGCUCAGGAUCAGUAUUACCCAGGUGAAACCUCCCUCCCCCCUUUUCUCACCUCAGUGCACACUACCGGGCUAGUUCUUUGCAUGGCUAGCUGCCCUUUGAUCCUUACAACCUCUCAAUAAAGUCAGAGAUGAACUGUCAAA